AUGGUAAAUUUGGAUUCUUUGAAUAAACGAGACGUAGAGUCACUACGACUGGUUACAUACCUUAAAGAAUGUGUUGAUUCUGAAACUAAUGGUUUAUUAGUGGACUAUUUACUUGACAAAGAAGGGUUAAACCCUGAAAGGAGUCAAUUUGGUUUAUCCUUUGAUGAUCUUCAUCAGUGUAAAGACCUCAUUCGUAAAUACUUUUUGAUGUGCCGCAGACUUAAAGGAGCUAGCCAAGGCUUUGCUUCUUCAACUGCAUUGCUUGAGCUAUGUCUUCGAAGUGUUGGAAGUGUAGACGAUGCAUUAGUCAGUAUAUUAGUAGUAGAAGAAACUUUGGUAUCAAAAUAUGGGUCAUCCGCUUCUGUUCUUGGAUUUGUUCCAUUACUUGAUGAUCAAGAGAAUCUGCACAAGUUGUAUGCUUGUCAAAAUUCCACAUUCGGUGAACCAGUAUCAAACAAUAUUAGUAAUAAUGUCGAUAAUCAACAAGAUACCACCGAAUUUUUUUCAUAUCUUUGUCAUGUGUCAAAGCAAGAUGAUGAAAAAAUGACAAGAUUUUAUCAACAUUUGGUACGCGUUCUUAAAUCUUUUGGAGAUGGAUCUAUUGAAAACAGUGAUACCAAUAACAGUGGCAUACAUUUUGAUAAUUUCGCGGCUAUUUUUAACGAUGGGUUAGAUAGUUGA